CUUCACUCCCACUUUGUGGUUCGCAUCCCUUUCUUUCGCACUCUCAUAAUAUGACAAAUGCAAUCGUAAACGGCCCCUCGUCUGGUCUCGAGGGCAAAUUCUCUUCAUUGGACAUUAACAAGUCGGCGUACGUUCCUCCUCAUCUCAGGAGCUCCCAGCGAGCGUCGUCUUCCCCCAAUCUUCACCAGAACAGCAUUGGAACCGGCUGGAACGAUUCCCGCUCAGUUACUCCGAAUUCUACUCGCUCCUACACCGCCAGACCCUCCCGUGGAGGGCUGCCUCAAUCGCAAGGCCGUGACUGGUCGCAGCCCUCGCAGCCUCGUGAGACUUUUGGCUUUGGAGUAUGGAAAGACGGUCGUCAUGUCGUUGGUGGGCGCAACAUGCGCCUCGAGAAGGAGCUUUUUGGUGACCCGACGGAUCCCUCCAAGCAGCACACCGGUAUCAACUUUGAAAAGUACGAUGAUAUCCCCGUAGAAGCGACUGGCGCUUCCGUUCCAGAACCAGUCGUCGCCUUCACUUCUCCCCCUCUCGACCCAGUCUUACUCGAAAAUAUCGGCUACGCCAUGUACACUACCCCUACCCCUGUUCAAAAGUAUUCUAUUCCCAUUGUUGCUAAUGGGCGGGAUCUCAUGGCCUGUGCUCAGACUGGCUCCGGUAAAACAGGUGGCUUCCUUUUCCCCAUUCUUUCUGCAUCCUUCCAUGACGGACCUCGUGCGCCUCCUGAUCAAUCGAAUUCUUACGGCCGUUCCCGAAAAGCCUACCCUACGGCCCUUAUUUUAGCGCCUACUCGUGAAUUGGUGUCUCAGAUUCACGAGGAGGCUCGCAAGUUUGCUUACCGGUCUUGGGUCCGUCCUGCCGUCGUCUAUGGUGGCGCCGACAUCAACCAGCAGCUUCGUCUCAUCGAACGUGGCUGCGACCUGUUGAGCGCUACACCCGGUCGUCUCGUUGAUCUCAUCGAGCGUGGACGUAUUAGUCUCGCCAACAUCAAGUACCUCGUCCUUGAUGAGGCUGAUCGCAUGCUUGACAUGGGUUUCGAGCCCCAGAUUCGCCGCAUCGUGCAAGGCGAGGACAUGCCUGGUGUCCACGAGCGCCAGACCCUCAUGUUCAGUGCCACAUUCCCGAGGGACAUCCAGAUCCUUGCCAAGGACUUCCUGAAGGAUUACGUUUUCUUGAGCGUCGGUCGUGUUGGAAGCACCAGCGAGAACAUCACCCAAAAGAUCGAGUACGUCGAGGACGCUGACAAGAGAAGCGUCCUACUUGAUAUCUUGGCAUCUCAGAGCAAGGACUCCGGUGAUCUGGGUCUAACAUUGGUCUUCGUUGAGACCAAGCGCAUGGCCGAUAUGCUGAGCGAUUUCUUGAUGGGCAAUAACCUUCCCGCCACGUCCAUUCACGGUGAUCGCACCCAGCGUGAGCGCGAGAUGGCCUUGCAAACUUUCCGGACCGGCCGGACGCCUAUCAUGGUGGCUACUGCUGUAGCCGCUCGUGGCCUUGAUAUCCCCAACGUCACACACGUCGUUAACUACGACCUUCCUAGCGACAAUCGAUGACUACGUGCAUCGUAUUGGCCGUACUGGACGUGCCGGGAACACUGGUGUUAGUACAGCCUUCUUCAACCGAGGCAACAGGAA